UACCAAUUAGAGCUAAGAACCUAACACAUUCGUUUUAAUCCUUUUACCUCGCCAAGCCCUCCAAAAUCCUCCACUCACUACCUUUAACAUAAAUGUUGCCACGUACUGAUCUCCGGCCGGCACCAGCCACUCAAUCGCUCCCAAUGAAAGACAGGUUUAGGUUUAGGCCUCGAACCCACCCCUUGGUUUGGGUCACAGCCAUAAUCUGCACGAUAUUAUCUAUAGCAGUGAUAAUCACAGGCAUCGUGGUGUUCGUUGGAUACAUGAUCAUACGUCCAAGGGUGCCUUUCAUCAGCGUCACGUCCGCCCAUUUGGACAGUACCAUUCGUUAUGAUCAAGCCGGCCUACUCGAAAUCCAAAUGGCCAUUGAUAUCAGGGCGGAGAACGACAACGCAAAAGCACAUGCAAGUUUUUCCGAUACAAGUUUCGUCCUCAGUUUUGAUGCACUACAAAUAGCAAAACUAGUUGCCGGCCCCUUCGAUGUGAGUAAGAAUAGUUCUACUGUUUUUAAUUAUGUGAUUCCAUCGUCGCAAAUACCAUUGGAUCGUACUCGAAUGGAGCAACUCGACUUUUCGUUGAAGAGAAACGAAAUCACGUUCGAUUUGAAAGGGAAAUCGAGGACUCGGUGGAGAGUAGGGUUGCUUGGCUCGGUUAAGUUCUGGUGCCACCUGAGUUGCGAACUUCGAUUCCAUACAUUAAACGGAUCCUACAUAAGCUCACGACGUUGCAACUCCAAAUACAAAUGAUCACCACUUUUCUUUUAUCUUUGUACGCGUGGUAUGUGUACGAAAAUCUCUCAGUUUUUCUGGGGAAUCUCUCUAGCUUUCAAUUAUUCAAACUUCUUUUCAAA